UUUGCCCUUUCUGUUGCUGUUAUUAGGGGCAGAGUGAUGGGAAUGUGUAUGAUUUAUUUCCCCAUAUUUCUCAGAAUUCUCAGUUGUCUAAAGGAACAGAUCCUUAUUGGAAAGCUAUUUCAGUUGCUUUUGAGGGCCUGGGGGUUAAGUAUACUUUUUAUAGCAGUGCGGCUUCCUCAAUUUUGAGUGGACUGUGAACUCCAAAGUGUGGGUUGGAACAUGCUCUUCAGUUCAGCUCUUCGUGUCUGGCUCUGCCUGGUAUACCCUUGGCUGGUCCUUUCCCAAAUCACAGGAUCUCACUCACCAGCGAUGGGCAGUGGGAAAACACAGCUCCUCCAUCCACUCUUGGGUCUCACGUUUCCAAAGAUAGAACACAUGGUUACUUGAGUAAGUAAGAGUCACAGUCCACUUACUUCAUGGUCCUAUUUGGGGCACCCUCCGCCAUCUAGAAUAUGGCCACAGUCCUAAAAGUAAGCAAACAAGGCCUCCAAGAGGGACCCUGAAGCUCCUGCAUUUUAUUCCUUAAUUCUAGGCUGUUCCCUAUUAUUCCUUAAUUCUUAUAAUGAACACAUGUGGUAAGUGGCUACUAUGUGACAGGCACUGGGGUAUUGAGUCCCAGCCCUCAAGGACUGUGUGAUGGGAGAGCAUUGCUGGUGUUCCCCAAAGGCCUGUUACCUAAAAUGAGUACCUUUCUUUUACAGACAAAUCUAACAGGACUUAGUUUUAUUUGCCUUUCCAGACUACAGCCAAUUAGCAUAGUAAAUACAGGGUGCAAUGGGAAGAUUGGUAGCUGUGGACACAGAAAUGACAGCCAGAAAUGGAGGAGGAAGACAAAGAACUGCACAAAGGAGAUGCCAGAAUUACAAGGAUAACAGUCUGCAUAGGCCAGUUGGUGUGAGGCCGAGAGCCCAGUGAAUCUCCGUACCCCCUGAGGACAUCAUUACCUAACAUGCUCCAGUAAUUGAUGUUUCUGAUGCCAGUAUGGACAGAAUAGCUUAUGAUGCUUAUCCCCACCCACCACUUCCGAGACAUUGAGCGGAAGCCAGAAUACCUCCAGCCGGAGAAGUGCGUCCCACCUCCCCACCCCAGUCCUGUGGGAACCAUGUGGUUUAUCCGCGACGGCUGUGGCAUUGCCUGUGCCAUUGUCACCUGGUUUCUGGUCCUCUAUGCGGAGUUUGUGGUCCUCUUUGUCAUGCUGAUUCCAUCCCGAGACUACGUGUACAGCAUCAUCAAUGGAAUUGUGUUCAACCUGCUGGCCUUCUUGGCCCUGGCUUCCCACUGCCGGGCCAUGCUGACGGACCCCGGGGCAGUACCCAAAGGAAAUGCCACUAAAGAAUUCAUCGAGAGUUUACAGCUGAAGCCCGGGCAGGUGGUGUACAAGUGUCCCAAAUGCUGCAGCAUCAAGCCUGACCGAGCCCACCACUGCAGUGUUUGUAAGCGGUGCAUUCGGAAGAUGGACCAUCACUGUCCCUGGGUCAAUAACUGUGUUGGCGAGAACAACCAGAAGUACUUCGUCCUGUUUACAAUGUACAUAGCUCUCAUUUCCUUGCACGCCCUCAUCAUGGUGGGAUUCCACUUCCUGCAUUGCUUUGAAGAAGAUUGGACAAAUCUCCUGCACACCUUUGGAGUGACCAGGGAAGAAACAGCAGAGGCCCGAAUUUCUCAUCAUGAAAAAGAUCAACCCCUUAAAGUCAGUUCCUCAGAGUGCAGCUCCUUCUCACCGCCCACCACGGUGAUCCUCCUCAUCCUCCUGUGCUUCGAGGGACUGCUCUUCCUCAUUUUCACAUCGGUGAUGUUUGGGACCCAGGUGCACUCCAUCUGCACAGAUGAGACGGGCAUUGAGCGCCUCCAGCGGAAGCACCAGCCACGGGAGCGCACAGGCAGCUGGGAGUCAGUCAAAGAGACCUUUGGUGGGGACUUUUCCCUGAACUGGUGCAACCCCUUCUCCGGACCAUGUCAUCCAAAGCCUCUCAGUGACAGGGACUGGGUGCGACAGGCGGACUCACUGUCAGACACCGAGAACACAGAAACAACAGAGGAGAGGAAGGAUGAGGACUCCACUGAGGUGAUAGAUGAGUAACGCUGUGGCCUCGGGGCUUCUGGGCACACCCGCUCCCCUGCACCCUGCUCUCUCACCCCCUCGGCCUUGCCAUCCUCUGACCUCUCCUUACUCUCCCCUCGCUGGGCCAGGUCGGGGGUAGGGGUGGACUCGGAGUGACAGGAGGACGAGAGACUUGCUCUGAGCUCAUCUGGCCACAAGGGCUUGUUGGGAACCAUCCUCAGAGGCUAGGCGCCCUUUGUAGCUCCCAGAGCCUCACCCAGCAAAGAAAGCUCUGAACAGGGCGGCCUGGGGGCAGAACACAGCUUGCCUCUGUCCUUUGUUGGGAUGUCUGUCUUCUCAAGAGAAGGUUGGGGCCCUGGAUUCUGGGUUUUGAGAACUAAGGCUGAGGUUGUGAUGGAAGGACAGGGCAGGACUGGGCGCGGGAGCCUGGGGUGGGACACCAGCAGCAGGGACAGGCCCGGAAAGGCUGCAGGGAUCCCAGUCACUCCCCGGCAGGGGCUUCCCCUGCUGCCUGCCUAAACCUGGCAAAAGGUGUGGUGACCUCAGCUACCCUCAGGGUCAGGCUUGGUUUGAGAGCAGGCCCCACCACAAGGCUGUACACAUGCAUGCGUGUAGGACAGGCCUGGUUUGGAAACAAGCCUGAGUUAAGCAGAAGCACCCACCUAGCUCCUGUUCCCAACAUACUAGUUUGGAGCUGUCCUGCCUUGUGGCUUCAGAUCUGUCUGUUCCCAGUGGGGGACCUAUUUAGAGCUUCUGGGACCCUGACCUCCACCCUGAGAGCUGAAUGUAACUGUCCAUCCUGGAGAGUCUAACCACCUACAUGGGCACGAGUGACCAUAAACCUGCCCCGAGUGUUUUAGGCCAGUUUUCCCAAGAUGGUGCCCAUGAUGUCUCUAGUGGUGGCCGGGGCCUGCAGAUUGAGUAGCAGGAAGCUCAGGUGUGGAAAACACAAACCCAACACUACCUGGCUGAGCUGGGACCCUGGUCACCCCGUUUGAAGCCUAAGGUGUCCAUGGUCAUUACUGAAGGCGUGAGUAGGGCUUCUUGGGCUUGGAGAUCCCAUUCAAGUAAUUGCUAAAGCAGCAUCUUCCACACAAAGUCCCACAGAGGUUUGUGCCCCUUUUGGGGUAAGAAUGGCCUCCCCACUCCCGUUCCCUGGCAUGAGCAGCCUUCUCUAGCCCAUUGCCCCAGAAUCAACCAACACUGACAAUGGUGGAGGGAAGAGGUGCAGAAGCAGGGGUCUCUGGUUCAGGGCCCCUCUCCCAGCUCCAUGCACAAGAUCAUGAGUCCUAGUCCAAGGGGGCCUGCUUCCCCAGUUAAACAGGAAGGAAGGGAGUUCCCAUUGUGGCACAGCAGAAAUGAAACCAACUAGGAACCAUGAGGUUGCGGGUUCGAUCCCUGGCCUCGGUCAGUGGGUUAAGGAUCCAGCGUUGCUGUGAGUUCUGGCUUGGGUCUGGCGUUGGUUACUGUGGCUAUGGUGUAGGCUGGUGGCUGUAACCCUGAUUUGAUUCCUAGCCUGGGAACCUCCAUGUGCCCUGGGUACAGCCCUGGGAAAAAAAAAAAAAAAAACAACCCAGGGAGGAAGGUCAGCAUUUGGAGGGGUUAGCCAGGACUCUUAGGUCACUGUGGUGACUGUGGAAAAGAGGGGAGAGCCAGGCAGUGGCCUGGUUAUCAGGAUCCGUGGGCAUUCUGUAAUGGGUGGUGAUUCUGUUGGAGCCUGCUCUCUAUACCCAGUGAUCUCCCAGCUCUCCAGGGUUCAUUGCUGAGGAGCCACCUCCGUCCUGAUCCCAGCUCUCUGUUGAUGUACAAGAGGGGUGACAGCAGGACUCCAGCAUCGACACAGUAACUGGAAAGGCAUGGGGCUGUAGGCCCGGCCCCUAUUUCUGGGUCCAUACCAGCUUUAUUAUUAAUGACAGUGUAAGGGGCCCUGGGUGGCUCCAAAGCCUGACAACUCACCACCUGGGCAGGCAUGGCCAUGGAGGCCUGCUCGUUGUUGUCCUCUCCCAGAAGGCAGCCUGGGGUGCAGGUAUGGUGGACUGUCCACCAGAGAGACCACACCAGGGAGGAAAGCAGUGCCAAUCCCUGAAGCCCCAGAGGCGGCCACGGUUAGAAUAAGGGAAGAGGGUUCACGGGUCUCUGUUCGUGGUCAGCUUCAAUCCCUGCUGAGCCCAAGCCUGAGGUCUAAGGUGUGUGCUAAGCCACAGGGCCCUUGAGAAAUGUCCUUGCAUGAUGGGUUUGAAACUGGUCUUCCUCCAGCCAGCUUGGCCUGAGAGCAGAGGUACCCACCAGCCCCAAAGGCAGUUCUGUUUUCACAUUGGUGUGUGGGGAGGUAUGUUACCUGAACAGAGUCGGACCCAGCACCUCCCCGCUGCUCGCUGAGCCCAUCUCCCUCUGCCCCAGACCUCCGCCAUGCCUGAUCAUGUCCUGGGAGGGCUGGACCCAGCCCUGGCCAGGCUGUGUGGGAAUAACCUGCCCAGUGCUACACUCUGUGUCCCCACACCAGUGACCAAGUGGCCUUCUCUCUGCAGCGGUUGUUGACAGCAUAAUAUUCUGCUUAGCCCCAAACAGACAGCGUUGCAACUGAUACCAGAAUGAGACAAGGACUAGUAGGAGGGAGGCUGGGCGCAAGCCUCUACCUCUUUGAAUAAAUCGCGCUCUGCUCCACCUUGGUCA